GAAAGACCAGCCCGGAUUGGAUGGACUAACACAAGUGAUGAGGUUGAAGAGGAUCAGGACUUAGUGCUGACAACGGGCACAAACACUCCGGCCCCCCAAACGGCAGAGAUUUCUGAAGUUGAAAGAAAUUUCGUACGUGGUGAGCAGAGUACCUCUGUGGUCAGCACUGAGGCCCAACAGAUUGCCCUAACACCUCAUUCCACAAUCGCACAGUCUGUAGAGGGUUCCCGUAUCCGGACCACUCCGUCUGCUGGACCGACAGAGGAGGUAGAGUUGGUCACACUCAAUUCAGAAGAAGUACAGGAGGAAAGCACUUAUCAGAUAUUUAUUCUGGUCGAUACGAACCCCACCGUGCACACGGGAACCGUGCAAGGAGAACCAGGACAACCAUUUCGAAGCUUACUUUUCAUGGAACGAAUAUUCUAUCCAAACCCAAUGUUUACCGAAUCUGGUGUGGAUUUGCCUAGCAUAGAUGAAUCACAUUCCCGGUGA